CGGCGCGAUAUAUUUACAUGGCGUCGGGCCGUGCGCUAUAAAAAACAACACGGGCAGUAGGAACAUGGACGACAAUAAACUUCGACUUUGAACACACAAAUUUUAUUUGGCUUGUCUCGGCGUGGAGGUGCUGUUGUUGACUCCAGCAGGGACCACAGAAACAUGGACGAGUCCACAAGCGGUUCGAAGACAGUCAAGCCAUCCCGUACCCCAGUCAGAGCAGGACCCCGGGGCCCGAUGGCCACUAAACCCAUCAUCAACAACAGCAGCAACAAGGAGCCCCAGCCUCCGCGAGACGUCACAAAGUCCGCCGGUCGCAGCAACAACGACCCCAGUAAGGCAACAAGAGAGAGCCACAGCGCUGGCAACCAAGGGGGUUACGGCGGUCUGGGCAGGGGAAACACGGAUAGUCACCAGGACAAAGGGAGAGGUCGUCCCCGCCGGCUUACUGGCAGGACCAGCUCGGGGGACAGAGGCAAAGGGAAAGCGCCUGGUCAACAACAGCAACAACAGCAGCAGCAGCUUCCAGGUCAGGUGACUCACCCCAGCGCCCCUCUGUCUGCGUCCCGGGGUCCCCCGGGAGGAGGCAGAGAGAGCGGUUCUUCUUCUUCAGUGGUGCUUUGUGCUACGGAGAGAGGCAUCCCAGAGCAAGCAAGGGCCAAUCAAGGGAAAGCGUCGCAGGGUGAAUCCAUAGAGAAAGGGUCAGAGGUCGGUGCAGUGAUGGUGGACGGAAAACUUACGGAGCAACAGCUGGGCCUGCAGCAGGCGGAGGAGCGCCUGUACCGGGACUACAUCCAUCGACUAGUGAAGCAGUCCCCUGAGUACCCCAACUUUCAGUACUUAUGCAAGCUUUGCUCUGUGCACAUCGAGAACAUCCAGGGAGCCCACAAACACAUCAAGGAGAAGAGGCACAAAAAGAACAUUAUGGAGAAGCAGGAGGAGAACGAGCUGCGGGCCCUGCCUCCGCCGUCCGAGGCCCAGCUCUGGGCCGUGGACGCAGCGGUACUGGAGGCCGCCAGGGUCCAGGGCAUCUCGGAGGAGGACUUCCAGCAGCGACAGGCUGUGGUCAGCCGGAUGGAGGAGACUAUCCAGCAACACCUCACCGCCUGCUCCCUCCGCCUCUAUGGCUCCUGCCUCACCAGAUUCGCCUUCAAGACGAGUGACGUCAACAUCGACGUUGCUUACCCUGCAACGAUGACUCAACCUGAUGUGCUGAUCCAAGUGCUUGAAAUCCUGAAGAAGAGCCCUCAAUUCUUGGAGGUGGAGUCAGACUUCCACGCCAAAGUACCUGUCGUGUUCUGUCGAGACACCAGCAGUGGGCUGGCCUGUAAGGUGAGCGCCGGUAACGACCUGGCCUGCCUCACUACCAACCACCUGGCGACCCUGGCCAGACUGGAGCCUAGGCUGGUCCCUUUGGUCCUGGCCUUCCGCUACUGGGCCCAGCUGUGCCACAUCGACUGUCAGGCCGAGGGAGGCAUCCCGUCCUACUCCUUCGCCCUCAUGGUGAUCUUCUUCCUGCAGCAGAGGAGAAAGCCCAUCCUCCCGGUCUACCUGGGACACUGGAUUGAAGGAUUCACUGCGAAGCGUGUGGACGAGUUUCACCUGACUGGCAUCUCUCUGGAUGUGUUUGUGCGCUGGGAGCACAGAACCCCCAGCACCACGGAGGGCCGGGGGGAGCACCGGGGCGAGCACCGGGUAGAGGGCAAGCCCAAGCCGGAGCAGACCAAAGCGGACGGGGAGGGACUGACCCGUCUGACCAUGGGCGGGGGUGAGGGUCAGUCCCUGGGGCAGCUGUGGCUGGAGCUGCUGCGCUUCUACACCCUGGAGUUCGCCCUAGAGGACUACAUCAUCAGCAUACGCCUUAAGGAGCUCCUGACCCGGGAGCAGAAGAACUGGCCGCGCCGCAGGCUGGCCAUCGAAGAUCCGUUUGCUGUGAAGAGGAACGUGGCACGCAGUCUCAACAGCCAGAUGGUGUUUGAGUACAUCCAGGAACGAUUCCGCACCGCAUACAAAUACUUUGCCUGCCCCCAGAGUCUGAGCACCAGGGGGCGCCAAAGAGGGGGUAAGCAGGCCGGCAGAAGGCCUGGCGCUGGGGGGGCCCAGAAACCAAGAGAGGAGGAAGCUGGGAAGGAUGGACAGAGGCGAAUGAAUGAGGUUGAGGGAGAGGAGGAGGAGGAGGAAGGAGCAGGUGGCUCUGGCAGAAAGAAGGGGGAUUUAUUGGAGGGACGACUGCAGGACUUGGGGCUCAGCGAUGGGGAGAGCCCCGACAAGAAGAGGCUUUCCCUGGCGGCCAACGGCGUGCUGGACAGUGACUCUGAGGAGGAGGAGGAGGAGGAGGAUGAUGAAGAAGAGAUGGAGGAGGAAGAGGAGAACCGCGUCUCACAGAAGAACAGGCUCGUACUGCCAGAAGACCUGCACUAUAUAUUCGAUAGGAUGAUUUUCACGGGCGGAAAGCCUCCGACAGUGGUGUGCAGCAUCUGCAAGCGUGACGGUCACCUGAAGGACGAGUGUCCCGAGGACUUCAAGAAGAUGGAGCUGAAGCCGCUGCCCCCCAUGGGCGACCACUUCCGGGAAAUCCUCGACGGCCUCUGCAGGCUCUGCUACCAUGAGCUUUCUCCCUCGUUAAUCGACCAGCAGAAGAGGGAGCAGAUCCUUGUUGGUUUGGAGAGGUUCAUCAGGAAGGAGUACAACGAUAAGGCUCUGCUGUGUUUGUUCGGCUCGUCCAAGAACGGCUUUGGUUUCCGUGACAGCGACCUGGACAUCUGCAUGACCCUGGAAGGUCACGACACUGCGGAGAGGUUAAACUGUAAGGAGAUCAUCGAAGGACUCGCCAAAGUGCUCAAGAAGCACACAGGUCUGAAGAACAUCCUGCCUAUCACCACAGCUAAAGUGCCCAUUGUGAAGUUUGAGCACCGGCAGAGCUUGCUGGAGGGAGACAUCAGUCUCUACAACACCCUGGCUCAACACAACACCAGGAUGCUGGCCACCUACGCUGCCAUCGAUCCCAGAGUGACGUUCCUUGGCUACACCAUGAAGGUUUUCGCUAAGCGCUGUGACAUCGGCGAUGCGUCCCGGGGCAGUCUCUCGUCCUACGCGUACAUCCUCAUGGUGCUCUACUUCCUGCAGCAGAGACAGCCCCCCGUCAUCCCUGUCCUGCAAGAGAUCUUUGAUGGGAGCAACGUUCCAGAAUGCAUGGUGGACGGAUGGAAUGCUUUCUUCUUCAACGACAUUGAAGACCUGCGGCGCCGUCUCCCUGAGCUACAGCAGAACAAGGAGUCUGUAGGGGAGCUAUGGCUGGGCCUGCUGCGCUUUUACACUGAAGAGUUUGACUUCAAGGAGCACGUCAUCAGCAUCCGCCAGAGGAAGCGCCUCACCACCUUCGAGAAACAGUGGACCAGCAAAUGCAUCGCCAUCGAAGACCCCUUUGAUCUGAACCACAACCUGGGGGCUGGCGUUUCACGCAAAAUGACCAACUUCAUCAUGAAGGCCUUCAUCAACGGCAGGAAGUUGUUCGGCACUCCGUUCUAUCCCCUUUCUGGCACAGAGGCGGACUACUUCUUUGACUCCAAAGUGCUGACCGACGGGGAGCUGGCGCCCAACGACCGAUGCUGUCGGAUCUGCGGCAAGAUCGGCCACUACAUGAAGGACUGUCCCAAGAGACGCAGGGUGAAGAAGAAGGAGGGGGAGAAGGAGGAGGACGUGAAGGAGGACGAGCGGGAGCCCAGGGAGAGACGCUGCUUCCAGUGUGGGGACAUGGGCCACGUCCGCCGGGACUGUCCAGACUACAGGCACCUCCGCCAGAGGGCCCCCGGGGGCCCAGCGGCCCACAUGGUGCGCAACAUGGUGAGCUCUCAUUCCAUCCCUAUCCCCCAGUCGGACCGCACCGCGAGGACCAGACAGUCUUCUGAAUGCUCGGACAGCCGCCAGACCCCGCCCUACUCCCCCCAGCCCACCCCCUUCUCCCAGAGCCCCUCCCCCUUCUCCCAGAGCCCCGCCCAGCCGGCGGGCUCCCCGCAGACCGCCCAGUGUAAGAGCAACGCCGGCGGCCCGGCUAAGGUGCCCCUGCCCCUCUUCAACUUCCCCGCCGCCCACCCGGCUCAGUUCCAUCCCGGGGCCGCCGCCACGCUCUCCGCCCUGGGUCUCCUCGCUCCCCACCCCUCCCAGGGCCCGGGUCACCACCCUCACCCACACCCCCACCCCGUGCACAUCUCCCCCAACUCCUCCUGGCCCAUCCACGGCCCCGUGCUCCCCCCUGCCGCCGCCGCCGCCUCCUCCACCGGCCCCUCGCCCCCCGGCCUCAACUUCCCCCUGCGCCCCAGCGGGAACCCGAAAGGGCCCGGGGUGGUGGGCGGAGGCGGGGGCGGGGUUGUGGGCGGCGGUGGUUGUGGUCACGGGGCAAUGAACCUGAAUGACCCAAGCAUCAUCUUCGCCCAGCCCGCGGGGAGGCCGCUGGGCCUGGGGGGGGCGGGCCGCGACGCACACUGGCAGAAUCACCUGGCACAACCCGGGGCACUGGUGGGCAACGGCACUGUAGCCAAGUCAGAGCCGGGCUUCCAGGGCCAGUUUGGGGCUGGGAGCCAGGUCUCCCGGAGCUGGGAGCCCAGUGCGGGGCCCCAUUUCUCCAUGUCCCCGUCCUGGCCUUACCGCAUGCCCCACGGCUUCCUCCAGCAGGGCAAUGGAGCCUACCAACACAGCAAAGCCUUCCAGGGCCCAGGUUCCGUUGGAAACCCCAACCAGAACUUUCCAAUGGUCCAGCAUGUCCGCCACCAUGUAAACUUAAACUUCAUCCAGCAGAAGAAAUGAAUUCAGCCGCACAGUUUUAUUCGGUACCCUAGCAAAACAAAAUAAUGUAAUGUAAACUUUACAUAAUUUGGUCACCAGGAUUUUUUCAAUGAACUUUUAUCAUUUUUGUACAGUUUUUAAGUUUUAUUUUAAUUUGUCUCAUUGCAUUGAUUUGUGAUACAAAUGUUAAAUAUUUUAAUGCCUCCAUUUUUGAGGGGGUCCAAAAAAGCAUUUUUAUUUUAAUGUGUAAAGUAAGGAAGAAAAAAAAAAAGGUUAACCUUUAUUUUUAUUAGCUGUAUUCAUACGUUUCCGCCAAAACGAAGGCUUUGAAUAGACUUGAUUUGUUUUAAAAACAACCUAACAUGUCACCCCUAAUGAUGUAGUGCCAAAAAAUGCAUUGAAAAAAUCCAGAAAAAUUCUAAAUAUAAAAAAAUAAACAAAAAGCAAAAACAUAUUGUGUUCGCUUUCUUUCUUUUGAUAAAUUUGUACAUCCCAGCUGGUCAACCUUUAUUUUCUUUAUAUAUGACCCAAUUCUGCUGAAUUUCGAGAACUUAUAAUACAUCCAAUAUUGCCGUUGAAUUUAGAUUAUUAUUCAGAAUAUGACAUGCAAUUGUCCUCUGAUGCCUAAACUAUUGAUGUCAGGAGCUAAUUCUUGAAGUUCCACGUAUAAGGGACCCAAAUAAAACCUUGUAUUAUAAAUUGUGUCUUGUCAAGCUAAUUUAUCCAAAAUUCCCCUGUGUCCCAAAAGUCUGGUGGUCGUCAAGGGGUGGAUGGGGUUCUUGUUCAGAUUUGUUCUUUUUUCUAAAACUUCUAAAUUAAGAGGGAAAUUCACCUACCAUAUAAGUGGAUCACAUUACAGCUGCUAGUGCAAUCAAGAUUUCGUGCAGGUUUCAGUGAAUAUGCGAUAAGUUUGUCUCUUACAACCUUCUGGCUCCUAGUUCCUUUUCUUGAUUGCGGCAAGUGAUUUUAACAUCACGUUUUUCCAAAUCUCUUUGCAGGCACACUAGCAUAUCUCCCUAAGCCAGCCUGAUAUAGCAUUUGCUAGAUUUAACAAUCUUUAUGCAAGUAAACAAUAUAAAAGGGAUAAACAAUACCCAUACUCUGAUGGAAUAGACAAAAGCUGGAAUCAAGAUUAUCAUAAUAAAACAAAGGAUCAAAGAAAAACAAGGCUUCAUUUUUUCAUGAUCUUCAGAUUUGUAUUUUUUUUGUUUACAUUGUCUCCUCUGUAACUUAACAAUAAUCAAUUAAGUUCAGGAUGUUUGGGCAUCUUCUAUCUUUCAGAAUACACAGUUCUACUUUUGAUAGCAUUAAAGUCGUUUUAAAUGUAUAUUAUGUUUUAAAUAUGACAUUGAGUUUUACCAUGUAUGUGCGAAAAGACAAGUGUUGGAACUGACUUAUAAUAAAUUGUAAGUCCCUUGAAACCAUUCAUUCCCUAAUUGGAAAAGAGUAAUUAAAUAUCCCCCAGUGAUGGGGAAACACCAGGACAUGAUCAUUUGCCUGAGAAAAGGAGUAGUCUAAUUACCUUAAUUAAUCUUUACCUUAAGGAAACCUUCUGCUUCAU